AUGCUUGUAAAAAGCACAUCCAGGAUCCACUCCCUAACUCACCCACUAUAUAUACAAAACCCCCCAAUUGUCAACAUCACCACUUCCAUUUGCAUUUCUUCCAAUCAACAAAGUUUCAGAUUUCGGAGUAAUUUGAAGAAGUUUGAAGAUGUCAGGACGUGGAAAGGGAGGGAAAGGAUUGGGGAAGGGAGGAGCAAAGCGUCAUCAGAUGCUGUUACCUACACCGAGCACGCACGCCGGAAAACUGUCACCGCCAUGGAUGUGGUGUACGCGCUCAAGAGACAAGGCCGAACUCUGUAUGGAUUCGGUGGUUAG